GAGCCGGGUUCGCAGGGCUGUGGGUUUAUAAAGCUUGGGUGUCGGUCCCGAUGUGUUGCCAAGACAGCCAUGUGCCAUACAGGCCACCCCAGAUUCAUUGCGCCGGAGUACCAUAGUCUAGCGUCGGACGAUACGUUUCCCGUGUGGAUCGAACGCGUUGACGGAAAAAAUGGGAUUUUAAAAGCUGUGCUCAAGUUUUGCGGAAGGGAUGACGAUAGCGGCCACACUGUGCUGUGGGAGAACGGGGACAAUGGGCCACGCAUGGUGCAAAUGCCCAAUACCAGAAAAGGGGACAAGGGCGAGAGAGCCCUGUGCCUGGCACGCCUGGGUGGGGGAACCUCUAUGAACCAGGGCACCACUGCAUUAGUGCAAAUCCACGAUAGCCUGGAUCAUGAUAUGGUGCAGUUUGGCGAGACAAGGCUGACUGCGCGCGAAUCAGAUGCGACUCUGAGGAUAAGCGUGCACAGGAUACGCAGGGAUUCCACGGAGACACCCAACACACAUUCUAUAGAUAAGGAGAAAGUGGAGACACUUAACACACAUGCCACAGAUAAGGAGAAAGCGGAGACACGUAAAACACAUGCCACAGAUAAGGAGAAAAAGAAGACACCCAACGAGCCAUCUCGGCGACCUUUAAACGUUACCAUCGUGCAUAGUGGUGGUAACGCGCUCUCUAGUAUCGACUUCCAGGUAUGUGGAGGUGGAGAUACCCUUGCUCAGCAAGAACCUGAACCUGUUCAACGUGACCAUUGCACUGCACUUGCUGGUGAAUGA